UCCUUUGCUUUGCCUUGCUUUGCUUCCUCAUUAAGCCAAAAACCUUAGACAAAAUUCUCACCAACACGAACAUACUCAAAAAACGACAACGACACUCGAAACUCCCCAGAGACUUUUUUUAUCUCUUUCCUUUUCCCCUUUAUUUUCUCGCUCUCCAAACACCCUCCAUCCGAUCCCUAUCCCAAUCCCAAUGGUCCCGCCGGCGAGCCCAUCUCCGCCGAACCCCCAACUGACCCAACAAUUUCUGAGCUCCGUUCUCUCCCAGCGCGGCCCCUCCGCCCUCCCUUACUCAGAGGACACCAAAUGGCUCAUCCGCCAACACCUCGUUUCCCUCGCCGCCGCCUUCCCUUCUCUCGAACCCAAAACCGCCACUUUCACCCACAACGACGGCCGCUCCGUCAACCUCCUCCAGGCCGACGGCACCGUCCCCAUGUCCUUCCAAGGCGUCACCUACAACAUCCCCGUCGCCAUCUGGCUCAUGGAAUCCUACCCCCGCCACCCGCCCUGUGUCUACGUCAAUCCCACGCGCGACAUGAUCAUCAAGCGCCCUCAUCCUAACGUCAACCCCUCUGGUCUGGUUUCGAUCCCGUAUCUCCAGAAUUGGGUAUAUCCGAGCUCCACUCUUGUUGAUUUGGCGAGAAAUCUGAGCGCUUUGUUUGGCCGUGAUCCUCCGCUUUACUCGCAGCGAAGACCAAAUCCGAACCCUAACCCUAACCCUACUCCUAGCCCGAGUUCGAAUCCGAGUCAGAAUCCGAAUCCGAGCUACGCGCGGCCUGCGAUUCCGCCUAGGGCUUAUCCGCCGUCGCCGUACGGGAGCGGAGGAUCGUCGAUUUCGCGGCCGCAGAGCGAUGAUCCGACGGAGGUGUAUCGGAAAAACGCGAUCAACAAGCUUGUGGAGGUUGUUCAUGGUGAUAUCUCCGGGAUGAGGAAGGCGAGGGAAGCGGAAAUGGAAGGGAUGUUUAGCGCUCAGGCUGUUCUGAGGCAGAGAGAGGAGCAAUUGAGCAAAGGGUUGAAGGAGAUGCAGGACGAGAAGGAGGGUUUGGAGCAGCAAUUGCAGAUGGUGUUGAUGAAUAGUGAUAUUUUGGAGAAUUGGUUGAAAGAAAACGAAGGGAAGAAGGCGAAUUUGGAGAGCGUCGAGGUUGACGAUGCGUUCGAGUGCUUAGAUUCGCUGUCGAAGCAGAUGUUGAAUUGCACGGCGGGCGAUUUGGCCGUGGAGGAUGUUGUUUAUGCAUUGGAUAAAGCCCUUCAGGACGGUGCAAUUCCAUUUGAUCUGUACUUGAGGAAUGUGAGGUUAUUGUCCAGAGAGCAGUUCUUCCACCGCGCCACCGCUGCUAAGGUCCGGGCUGCGCAGAUGCAGGCUCAGGUUGCCAACAUGGCGUCAAGGAUUUCGCAGUUUAUUUCGUGAUAAUGGAGAUGAUGAAUGUGAUUGCCUUCGCUUCUGCUGAAUUAUCCCGGCGUUUUGAUGAUGGGGAUGUUAUGAAAGGAAUGGUAUUGAGGUCAGAUUCUUGUGAAAAAUUUGUAUUUGAUAGGAAACAUAGUAUAUUUUGCUGUAAGAAGAAAUAUGUUCUUUGGAAUAAUUGUCGUUGCAGGGAUCAAUUUUUGGUUUGAUUUUUAUUCAUAUAUCAAUGUCAUAAAUUCAUUUCA